AUGGAUUCUGUAAUAAUAAGAUUGGCUAAUCCUUAUUUGGCGACUCCAGAAGCAACCAUUCACGGCCAUUAUGGGGAGAUCCUUUCUCAAGGAGAUAUUUUAGUUACAUUCAUAUAUGAAAAAUCGAGAUCCGGUGAUAUAACACAAGGUCUUCCAAAAGUGGAACAGAUAUUAGAAAUACGUUCGAUUGAUUCAAUAUCCAUGAAUCUAGAAAAAAGAAUUGAUGCUUGGAACGAGUGUAUAACAAAAAUUCUCGUCAUGCCUUGGGGAUUCUUGAUUGGUGCUGAGCUAACUAUAACACAAAGUUGUAUUUCUUUGGUUAAUAAAAUCCAAAAAGUUUAUCGAUCCCAGGGAGUACAUAUCCAUAAUAGACAUAUCGAGAUUAUUGUGCGUCAAAUAACAUCCAAAGUCUUGGUUUCAGAAGAUGGAAUGUCUAAUGUAUUUUUACCUGGCGAACUAAUUGGAUUAUUGAGAGCAGAACGAAUGGGGCGUGCCUUGGAAGAACCCAUUUGUUACCGAGCUUUAUUAUUGGGAAUAACAAAAACAUCUCUGAAUACUCAAAGUUUCAUAUCUGAAGCGAGUUUUCAAGAAACUGCUAGAGUUUUAGCAAAAGCCGCUCUUCGGGGUCGUAUUGAUUGGUUGAAAGGUCUUAAAGAGAAUGUUGUUUUAGGGGGGAUGAUACCCGUUGGUAUCGGAUUCAAAAGAAUAAUGCACCAUUCACGAAAAUUCUUUGAUUUUUAUCAUUUCAAAGAAUUUAUGUGA